GGGCAGCGCAGCGUCGGGGGCGAGUGUGGUGUCCCCGUCAGUCCCGCAAACUCUGUGCUCACGCUCCGUCUAGGCCCCUUAGGACCCGUGGCCUCUGCGUCCUUCACGUGUCGCGGGCCGACCGCGAAGCUGGCAUUCUCGCGGCGCAUGCGCUGCCUGGCCGGGUCUUCCUGCGUCCUUGGGGUCAGAGGUCAUGGGGAAGAUGCGCUGCCUGACCAUGCCUACGCUGCUGCGGGCCCUGGCCCAGGCUGCGCGCACAGGACAUCCCAGUGGACGGAGCCUUCACAGCAGCACAGUGGCAGCAACCUACAAGUAUGUGAACCUGCAGGAGCCCGAGAUGGACAUGAAGUCAAUAACCGACCGGGCAGCGAGGACCCUGAUGUGGACUGAGCUCUUCCGAGGCCUGGGCAUGACCCUGAGCUACAUGUUCCGGGAGCCAGCCACCAUCAACUACCCAUUUGAGAAGGGCCCGCUGAGCCCGCGCUUCCGCGGGGAGCACGCGCUGCGCCGCUACCCAUCUGGGGAGGAGCGCUGCAUCGCCUGCAAGCUCUGUGAAGCCGUCUGCCCUGCCCAGGCCAUCACCAUCGAGGCUGAGCCCAGGGCUGAUGGCAGCCGCCGGACCACCCGCUACGACAUCGACAUGACCAAGUGCAUCUACUGCGGCUUUUGCCAGGAGGCCUGCCCUGUGGACGCCAUUGUUGAGGGUCCAAACUUCGAGUUCUCCACGGAGACCCACGAGGAGCUGCUGUACAACAAGGAGAAGCUGCUCAACAAUGGGGACAAGUGGGAGGCUGAGAUCGCCGCCAACAUCCAGGCCGACUACCUCUACCGGUGACGCGCCCGCCCGCCCAGCUCAGCCCCCCAGCUCAGCCCCAGGCCCCGCUGCCCAAUAAAAGAGCCUGCUCUCCCUA